AAUCACGUCGAGAAAAACAUAGUUUUUUCUAGGACAUUAAAAACGGUCGUGUGUACGCGGCAUUAGGACUGUUUUCUGUGUCUGGCUGUUCAGCAGUGGGGAGACCUGGCAUCUGAAACUCCUAGAGGGGUACACAUGUAAUCUGCCCAAAAAAUGGCAACGUAACAAUGAGGUUUAAUGGUUUACCUAUAUUCUGUCAGUUUAUGUGUUUUGUUUUGUUUUUGAUAACCAUGAAGUAACCUCACAUUCUAAAAACAAAAACAUGAUGUGCCCAAGACUUAUUAGGCAACAUUUUAGCAAAAGAACACAACAGGGCAUUAACCAUUAAAAGCCAAUUAGCAUGAAAGCUGUAUAAACUUUGGGUUAGCCAUUUUUUUUAAGCCCUCCCUAUAAUUGUACACCUCACUUGUGUUUCAGGAGACCAAUAAAAUGUUCAAAUCAACCAGAAAAGGUUAUAUGAUCAUUUUGUGUUGUACAGUUAUCGUUAUGGUGGUGUGUAGCUACAUCGUUCACCUAAACUUCAGUCAGCUUUCAGACCUUUACUUUCUCAAUGUAAAAAAUGAUCCGGCACCUGUCUGUGAACACGUUGGGUACAUACCAACAGAAUCCAAAACCAUUGACCAACAAAUAGCAGAGAUAAUGACUAUGAUCAACUGUACAAUUCCCCAAAAGGACACCAUGUAUUUUAAUGAAACCACCAGUGCGAUAAAUAGCACAGCAAUAACAUUGAACUAUAAACCUAAUUAUUGUGUUGGAGACACCUUGAUUGUUCAGGUUGAGAUGUUCAAUUAUUUGAGGAAAAGGAAGACUUAUGGAGGAGACUUCUUACAAGCCCGGAUCUUUUCACCAAAGCUUGGAGCUGGAGCUUCUGGAAGAAUCGAGGAUUUUAAUAAUGGAACUUAUAAUAUUUAUUUCACGUUAUUUUGGGAAGGACAAGUACAAAUAUCUAUUCUCCUAAUGCAUCCCAGUGAAGGGGUAGCUCUGCUGUGGAAAGCGAGGAAUAUGGGAUCCAGUUAUGUCAGCUACACAGGAACAUUCCUUAAUAAAAACAAAGAAGUACACACAGAAUGUGGCUUUUACUUUAAUUCCCAACAGGAAAAAUGUAAAUAUGUGGACAGGAAAUAUAGAGAAGUCUUCUACUGUAUCAAGCUACCAGAAGUACCCUGUGACGCUUUCAUAUCGUUAAGAAGUGGGAACACACCUUAUACAUAUCUCACCAACGUAAAUAAGACUUUGUUUUUCAAGUCCAAAAUUGGCAUAGAAAUUCCCAAACAAGUUGGAAGUAUUGACGUUUUAAAAUGCCCAAAAACUUCUAUGAAUGUGACUUCAAAAUGCCAAAUUGGGACCUCUCUUCCCUUCCCUAGCGGUUAUUUCCUGAAGAACCAAUGGUUCCCCUCACAUUGCAAUCUUUCCUCUUUUGAGCCCUUGUUAAAUAUCAAUAAAUGUUUGGCUGGCAAAAUGAUAUAUUUGAUGGGUGAUUCAACAAUUCGCCAAUGGAUAGAAUUCUUCCCAAAAGUCAUGAAGAAUCUGACAUUUUUUGAGACCCACAUGCCUGGUUGGCAUAAGACCUAUAUAGCAUUUGACUUGCAAAACAGCAUCUACAUUCAAUGGAAGAAACAUGGACAUCCAUUUGUAACUAUGAGCUUUUUCAAUGUCAAAACUCAAUCCUAUAUCACCAAUGAACUCGACCAGCUUGGUGGCGGCUCCAACACAAUUGUUGUGAUAGCUGUAGGACAGCACUUCCGGCCCUUUCCUUUUCCCGUGUUCAUCAAAAGGCUUCUCAGCAUACGAAGGGCCAUAGAGAGCCUGUUUUUACGAAGCCCAGAUACAAAAGUUAUCAUAAAGUCUGAGAACACCAGGGAGAUUAACUCUGAUGUAGAGCGAUUUAGUGACUUUCACGGAUAUAUUCAGUACCUCUUAGUAAAGGACAUCUUCAGUGGACUUAAUGUUGGGAUAAUAGACGCUUGGGACAUGACCACAGCAUUUGGCUCUAGAAAUGUCCACCCCCCGGAGCCUGUUGUUAAGAAUCAGAUCAACUUGUUUUUGUCUUAUAUCUGUUAAAUAUUUUUUAAAUAUAUGUUUACAUUUAUUGUCCUUUUACUAUAAAAUAGUUUUAUUGUUAAAGCUAAACAUCUGCAAACAGUGCAGAUGUCCAGUCCAGUCAUAUAGUAUGUAUAAGGCUGAUUUUAUUUGCUAUGGGAUUUGUAUUUUGGCCAAAGCAUUCUGGAAUUACAAAGCCCUGUGAGACAGCAAGUUUUUUCUACUGCAGAUAUAAACGACAGUUAGGUCACGUUCAAACUCCAGGUCCUUGAUUGGACAGUGAGGGGGCAAAGCAGGCAGCAUGGGCUUGUCCUUCUGCUGACUCUCUUUCUCUUAUCAGCAUGUUCCCUGUCAGUAAAUGCAGCAUAUGUGAUUGACUCCUAGCAUUGCCCUUCUUUUUCAGAGUUUGAAAUCAGAUCUGAAUGGCGGCAUUCUAGAUCUGCUUCACCUACCUCAGGUCUAACAACCUCUGCUGCAUCUAACGCUAUUGUAUCCUCUAAAAAACGUUACCCUUUUGCACCCUAAUCUUCUGACUGUCUAUCUUAGACAUGGCGCUGGCUACACCUUUUGAUGAAACUACCAGACAUUCGCCUAGAGAAUCCAAGGGUUCCACAGACAGCCUCAUGCAGUUACCUUCAGCGUUACAAACUCCCUUCUCUGAAGCAGCGAGGAAGCCCAAAAUUCAUGAAGCCAGGAAGCCCUGAGUUUGGGAGGAAAUAAUAACAGCCUUCUGCAAAUUAUCAACAAAACUUCUCAAAUAAUUC